ACAAAGUCCCACACCUCAACUCUCUCAACACAAAAAGAAAAAAAAAAAGUCAAUCACAAAAAUAACAGGAAAAUGGCAGAUGUUGAUCCAUAUGUAGCUCUCACAAAGGCUUUCUCAGGACUUGGUGUGGAUGAGAAAUUGUUCAUCUCAUUACUGGGGAAAUGGGAUCGCAAUGAGAGGGAAUCCUACAGAUCACACACUACUGGUAUAUUCGUAGAAGAUGAACGCCAAUUCCAGAGAUGGAAUGAUCACCAUCUCCUCCAGCUUCGUCAGGAAUUUUUGCGUCUUAAGGAUGCUGUAGUGGUGUAUACAAUGCAUCCAUGGGAAAGAGAUGCUCGUUUGUUUAACGAGGCAUUAUUGAAAGGAUCUCAACAUCAUAUUCUCAUCGAGACUGCUUGCACUCGAUCUUCUCAACAACUUUUGGGCGCAAGACAUGCCUAUCAUUCCCUUUUCGAACACUCUAUUGAGGAAGAUAUAGCAUUCCGUAUCAAAACUCCUGAAAGAAAGCUUCUAGUUGCUCUUGUGAGUUCCCACCGUUAUGAAGGGCCACGAGUUGACAGCAACCUUGCAAAAGCUGAGGCUAUGGUGUUUGUGAAUGCAAUAAAAAAUGCUGACACGAUGGAGCAGCUGGUUGAAGAUGAAGAGAUUGUGAGGAUACUCUCAACUAGAAGCAAGCUCCGUCUUAAGGCCAUCUAUGACCACUACAAGGAAAUCACUGGCAACUUCUUGGACGAGGAUCUUGAUGGUGACUUGACCUUGAAACAAGUAGUUCAAUGCCUUUGUGCACCUCAAGCAUACUUCAGCAAUAUUUUGAUCUCGUCCUUAAGAUUGGAUGUGGAGGAAUCUGCUAAAGACUCAGUGACCCGAAUCAUGGUUACGAAAGCAGACGACGAAGAUAUGAAGUUGAUCAAAGAAGAAUUCCAGAGCAAAUAUGGAACUCCUCUGGCUGCAAAGAUUAAAGAUGUUGCUAAUGGAAGCUACAGGGAUUUCUUGCUCACCAUAAUUUCAAAAUCUGACUAAUUGUUUGGCCAAGAUUUUGGCAUCUCUGAAAUUCCAUGUUCGUUUCCCCUUUGCUUUUCUUUUCAAGUCUUUCGCUCAAAUUAUGUACGAUUUCAGUGUUUCCACUUCAAAUGAGUAAUUUCGACAUCAUACUUUUAGCUUCUUGAUUCUACUUUUCAUUGA